GUGUUGGUGCGCUCUGAUGGGUCAGGUGAUCUGUACGGCAGUGUGUUGGUGGACAGCGGCAGUGCGGUCAGCGCUGAUCUCCUAUUGGACGACAGUCAGCAGCAUGUUUAUGUUUUAACCAACAGCAGGCUGUCCAAAGUCCCCGUCUCGUCCUGUGAGAGACAGACAGACUGUCAGUCUUGUCUCGCCGUCAGAGACCCGUACUGCGGCUGGUGUGUCCUGGAGGGACGGUGUUCCCGUAAACAUGAGUGUGAGCGCCACGCGCAGCCCAACCAUUGGCUCUGGAGCUUUGAACCGACCAAUCAGUGCGUGAUGGUACAGAGCCUGCAGCCGGCCAAUCAGAGCAAAGACGAGCAGACGCAGGUAACGCUGUCGGUCAUCCAGCUGCCCUCCCUCACUGAGGCGGAGUCUCUGACCUGCGUCUUUGGGCGCCUCCCACCUCUAUCUGCCAUCGUUAUGGGAACCAGCAUCACUUGUCAGUCACCUGCUCCCGAGCUCCUUCCCCCCAUGCUGACAGGAAGUGAUCACAUGAUCCUGCCUGUGUCACUGAUGUUUGGUCACGUGACCAUCACCGCGGGCAACCUGACCUUCUACGACUGUGGAGCCGUGAGCCGCCUGAACCAGAGCUCCCA